GCCAGGGAGAUCUGGAUGCUCAGAGUCUGGCUCAGAGACUCGCCUGAGAGCUCCAGGGAGGUCACACAUACUUCGGAAUGAAAGCUGUGGUGCUAGCCGUGGCUGUGCUCUUCCUGACUGGGAGCCAGGCUCGGCACUUCUGGCAAAGAGAUGAGCCCCAGACCUCAUGGGACCGCGUGAAGGAUUUUGCUACCAUGUAUGUGGAUGUAAUCCAAGAGAGUGGCAAAGACUAUGUGGCCCAGCUGGAUGCCUCCACCUUGGGGAAACAGCUAAACCUGAAUCUCCUGGAAAACUGGGACACCUUAUCGUCUGCCUUCAGUAAGUUACGCGAGCAGCUUGGUCACGUGUCCCAGGAGUUCUGGGAUACCUUCGAAAAAGACACAGCGUGGCUGAGGGAGGAGAUGAACAAGGAUCUGGAGAAGGUGAAAAAGAAGGUGCAGCCCUUCCUGGACAGCUUCCAGGAGAAGAUGCAGGAAGAGGUGAAGCGCUACCGCCAUAAAGUAGAGCCACUGAGCCUGGAGCUGCGCGAUGGUGCCCACCAGCAGCUGAAGGAGUUGCAGGAAAAGCUAGGUCCCCUAGGCAAGGACCUGAAGGAUCACGCACUCGUACACAUGGAUGAGCUGCGCUCUCAUCUGAGGACCUACACUGAAGAGAUGGGACAGAUCCUGGCGGAGCGUCUGGGGGCAAUCAAGGAGAGCACUUCCCUUGCAGAGUACCAGACCAAGGCCAGCGAGCACCUGAGAACAUUUAGCAAGAAGGCCAAGCCCAUCCUGGAAGACCUUCGCCAAGGCCUUCUGCCCGUGGCGGAGAACUUUAAGACCAACAUUAAGAACACCUUCGACCAGAUCACCAAGCACGUUACGACCCAGUGAGGUGCCAGCUGCUGCCACCUCCUCCUUCUCUUACCAGCAUUCAGUUUCUUAGAAUAAAUAUUUCCAAAGUAGAAAA